CACCGGUACACGAGCGGACCCGCACGAGACCCUUUUCACGCGGACACGACACGGACACGAGCGUACGGUCCACGGCACGAGCCACGACGCACGGCACGAGCGGGAUUUACGAGCAUGACGCAGCGACGCAGCAACAGAUGACCCGUGGCCCUCGCUGACCCUCUCCUCGUGGCGGACGUUUCGUUUCUCUCUCUGUGGUCGACCCUCGUCUUCGCUCUGGGGCAGGUGCUUCAGCGCUUCCUUCAGAAGCUCCAGGUCGAGGGGAUGGGAAGCGCUCGAGUCAACAGUCGACACGUCAGCACCAGCUGCUACAGCGCCGUGUCCUCCGACGAGAUGAAGCUCACCGCUAACACGGCUAACGGCAAAGCGAAGCCGGCGCCGCCGCACAGCCGCUUCGUGAAGAAGGACGGUCACUGUAACGUGCACUUCGUAAACGUGAGCGGGCGAGGCCAGCGGUACCUGGCCGACCUGUUCACCACCUGCGUGGACGUGCGCUGGAGGUACAUGCUGCUGAUCUUCUGCCUGGCCUUCGUCCUGUCCUGGCUCCUCUUCGGCUUCAUCUUCUGGCUCCUGGCGCUGCUCCACGGCGACCUGGAGGUCGGAGGUCACAGGAAGUGCGUGUCUAACGUAAGCACCUUCACCGCCGCCUUCCUCUUCUCCGUGGAAACACAGACGACCAUCGGCUACGGCUACAGGUACGUGACGGAGGAGUGCCCGCUGGCCGUGUUCGCCGUGGUGCUGCAAAGCAUUCUGGGAUGCAUCAUCGACGCCUUCAUCAUCGGCGCCGUCAUGGCCAAGAUGGCCAAACCCAAGAAGCGCAACGAGACACUAGUGUUCAGUGAAAACGCGGUGAUCGCGCUGAGAGACGGGCGCCUGUGCCUCAUGUGGCGAGUGGGAAACCUGCGGCGGAGCCACCUGGUGGAGGCGCACGUGCGUGCGCAGCUGCUGCGCUCACGAGUGACGGAGGAGGGCGAGUUCAUCCCUCUGGACCAGAGUGACAUAAACGUGGGCUUUGACAGCGGCGUGGACAGACUCUUCCUGGUGUCUCCCAUCACCGUGGUGCACGUGAUCGACGAGAACAGCCCGCUGUACUCGCUGAGCCGCACCGGCCUCCAGGGGGCGGACUUUGAGGUGGUGGUGAUUCUGGAGGGGAUGGUGGAGGCCACGGCUAUGACCACACAGUGUAGAAGCUCCUACCUCGCUCACGAGAUCCUCUGGGGCCAGCGCUUCGAGCCCGUGCUGUUUGAGGACAAGAACUGUUACAGAGUCGACUACUCCAGGUUUCACAAAACCUACGAGGUCCCCAGCACUCCCCACUGCAGCGCACGAGAACUGGACCAGGACCGAGACCUGGCCCAGGGCAAGUACCUGCUCCACCAGCCGCUCUUCUGCUACGAGAACGAGAUAGAACCUGAGGAGAACGAGAUAGAACCUGAGGAGAACGAGAUGGAACCUGAGGAGAACGGGAUAGAACCUGAGAAACAGGAGGACCUGGAGGAGACAGAGGAGACGAGGGAGGACAGAGAGGACAGAGAGGAGGGGGAGAAAAAGGAGGGGGAGGAGUCAGAGGGCCUCACAGACACUGCGUCAGAGGGGGCGCCUGAGAGCACCCCAAACUCCGACCUGACCUCUGACCCCAGCCCGCGGCCGCUGCGGCGGGAGUCGCAGAUUUAAAAACACUUAAAUACAGUUUCUGACUCUUUCAGUAAAGUUCUGCCUCUUAAAGGGGUGGCGAGCUCUUAAAGGGGCGUGUGACGGUACGGCUC